AUGGACAUCGUCUCCUUGGAUGACCCUGUUGUGCCAGAUGCAUCAAUACGAGAAAACGUUAACAUAAGCUACGAAAAUGAAGCUCUAGAGUUACAAACGGGAGACGAGAUUAUACAUGGCUACAAGAUCACUUGCUCACAGAGCAGUAUUGAAUACGACAAAUCCGGAGACAGCAAACGGCGUGGAACAAGGCCUCGUUCAAAAUCAUUUCUAGAAGAACCCUUACGCUCACAGGCUGCAUUAUUUAUGCAACGGAAACCAGGGAGCAAAGGACCUAGUUCAACUUACGGCUCUCACGGUGACGGUAUUUGUCUUUGGCCCUCUUGGGACAUCAACAAAGGCUGUAAGUCGCAAGUCAGCGUUUUAUUUACGAUAGAUAAUGACGCAGGGGGAGUAACCCAGAAAUUAUUUGAUUCCAAUGUAACUUUCGCCGACCUAGUACGUGUCUACACAACACAAGAGAACAACGCCCAGAGCUGCAGGGUCCAGUUAGGAAACACCCUUUUAUCGACGGUGCACGCCAGCACACUAGUGUCCAACUACCUCAAUACUUAUCGUUCUUACCUGGAUUAUCUUCGUAAAACAUGUGGGCGUGGCGACAGUCACGAGCAACUGAGCAGUCCACGAGCGCCGCCAAAGUCUGUACCCUUAUUUCUGCCCCUGGCCGGAAUGACGUCAGUGUUUUCCGAUGACUCAAAAGAAGAUCCCGAGUUUGUGGAACUGUUAAAGAAAACGACGACUGAAUCAAUUCGGAAACUGUGGCCCCACUCGAACAGACACUACAUUCGAGCCAGCACUGUAACUGACACCAGUGAGAACAAAGACACCGAGGCGGUGCCAGAAAUAGACAACAACAAGACCGAUUCUGGCCGUAGCGAGGCAUUCACAGACACGUCCCAGCAACAGUUUGAGGAUUCUCAUGAAGGCGAUUCCAGUCAGUACAGUAACGACGAAGGGCAAAUUAGUAACUCUGAUCGGUUGAAACUGUUUAAGUAUUCGUACAUGUGUGACAAUCAUUUGUCGCCCCAAGAGGAUUCGAACAUUUCUACGAAUAAUCCUAAUUAUACGAUGAAGUUUUCUUCGGACUCUGUGCUCAUUGGCGACGGAGACUCGGCAAAUGUUCAGAGUCUGAACUCGGCACCGGUUCAGAAAGGACUGUUGGAAGCUGUUAACGACACACAGGCCUCUAUGGACAAUCUGUAUAAAAACACAUCCAGUGGACCUUUGGUUAUGCAUAGUAAUACCAGCGGACUGUCCAGCUGGAGCAGUCUUGGUCAGCAGAAGUGUGGCGGUGAAUCUAACGGGCAGCAGGGUCGCCCGUCAACGUUAGACACACUUCUCCAGCACCAGCAGAAGCUGGCACAACAGCAGCAGUUGCAAAGACAGAUGAUGCAGCACCAGCAGCAUUUACAGCAGCAGCGACAGCAACAGCAACAGCAGCAGCAGCAGCAACUGCUGCUUCAGCAGUAUCAGCAGCAGGAACAGCAACGUCAACAGUCGGAGCAGUUUUCCACUGCCAAAUCUUACAGCUUCCAGUCGUCAGCAGAUCCUACCAAGAGCUGGUUGCACGCUGUAGGAGAUGGUUCAGGACUGACUAGUUACAGACCCUGCGUAAGUGCCAGCUCUCAGUCAACAUCCUUGUACAAAGCCGAGCCUUCAGUAUCCCACCAAGCAGGCCUUGAUUCUUAUGGCAACAACUAUCAGAUGAACACAGACUAUUUCGUCUCCAAUUCUGGGCAGUGUUUGCCAACUCGUGCAUUGCAUUUGGACGCUGCGACGAACUGCUUCUCAGAAACACCCGCACACACCAGAACUUUAAAAGCAAGCUACGCGUGCUUAGAUCCCAGCAACCCAAUGACGCUGUCAGUUGAUCCUCUACAAGAUUACAAUAACGAAUCAGAUCUCUUCGUCAACCACCGUGACAUGUCGCUGUACGACAGACAGUCAUUCUCAAACCUACCUUCGACUUUCGGAUCUUCUUUCGACGAGAGAGCCACCUGCCCAGAGUCCAACAGAAUGUGGGCGAAGAUACCCCGGCCGGUGACCUCGUUUAACGACAACGACACCAGUGGGAAAUCUCUGGAAGAGCGCCUACGGAGAGCCUAUGCCAAGUCUCGUAUUUCGCAGUUCGCCCAGCAAGAGCAGUGGAACGAUGCCUCCAGACUCUCCAUCCAACGGCCCAUCGUCAAAGUCAACACAGUCUCCGAGAUGAAUGAAGACAAUCAGCCGUACCAAUUUCAGCGAGGGCUACUUGACCCCGGCUGCAGGAGGACCCCAAGCUCCACAACGAACUGUGUUUCCACUCAGGAAAGAUGGAAUAGACUGGUGUGUUCAGAAUCCCUUGAUACCAAUGGGAAUGAUUGUGUGGCGCCAAACAGUUCCGGCCUGGGAGACGAGAAAGCCAUUGCCUACGUGCCCAUGCAGACAUCAACAGCUGCAGAUGCGAACCCAAGCCUAUCUAGACUUUUCCAAUGGAAGCAGGACACACCGCCUUGCAACAAAUCCAGCUUCUUCCCAGCGUCCAGAUCACCCGGUGACAUGUCCAGUUUGUCCCCCAACGACAACGUCGUGCAUUCGUUACUAUCAGGGCUUCAGCUCGAUCGAGACUUCUCCUGGAAUGCCUCUUCCAUAUCAUCCCAGCUGUCCUCCUCCCACCCAGUGCAGAAUUCCUUAUUCCAGUGCAAUGAUGUGCACGGACAUGACAGCGAUGCUAGUCAGUGCAAGCUGUCUGAUUGCAACAAGCUGUCUGCAGAUCAACGCCGACAGUUGGCCAACAACAACAAUGCUGCUGCUGCUGUUGUCGUACUUACCAGGGCCCAGAAUGACCAGGUGAAUGACUCCAGCAUGUAUUAUGACAGCGGAGAAGCGAAACACAAUACAUG